GUUGUGUGAGUCUGCGCCCAUGAUAGCCUCAGAUUCCUGUUAGUGGCUGACAGGAGUGGAACCUUAUGUGGUCUGCUGUUGUUGUUGUAGCCCAUCCACCGCAGGUUCGAUGUUUUGUGCAUGCUGAGAUGCUUUUCUGCUCACCACGGUUGAAAGAGUGAUUAUAAUGAGUUACUAUAUUCUUCCUGGCAGCGCAGACCAAUCUGAUUGUUUUCCUCUGACCGCUCUUAUCAACAAGACAUUUCCACCCACAGAACUGUCACUCACUCAGUGUUUUCUUGUAGGGUUUUUAUUUAUUUAUUUUAUUUUAUUUUAUUUAUGUAUUUUUUUGCACCAUUCUGUAUAAACUCUAGAGACCGUUGUGUGUGAAAAUCUCAGGAGAUCAGCAGUUUCUGAAAUACUCAAACCAGCCCAUCUGGCAUCAACAACCAUGCCACGAUUAAAGUCACAGAGAUUGCACGUUUCGUCCAUUCUGAUGUUUGAUGUGAACAUUACCUGAAGCUCUUGACCUGUAUUUGCAUGAUUUUAUGAACUGUGUUGCUGUCACAUGAUUGACUGAUCGGAUAACUGAUUAAUUAAGCAGGUGUACAGGUUUUCCUGUUAAAGUGGACGGCGAGUGUAUAUGUGCUUCUGAAACAUUUAAAUGUUUUGAUUCACAAGGUUGGUCAAUCCAAUCUGGCAACCCUGCUGGAAACUCGAUGCGUGGAGGGGACGUGGGGGGGGGCCUUGAGGAAGAGGGGGUGGGUGAUGGGGAAAGGCUGAGCGUUUCUAGUAAAUUGCGUUAUGAUACGCAAAGGCGAACGGUGGAGGUGAAGCAACGAGAGAGGGAAGGAGAGCAAGAAAGGGGGAGAGAACGCGAGCCAACCGGUUAGUAUUAUUAUUGCACGCCGCUAAGUUUAGCAUUCAACACGUGUCGCGCGCGCGUGUGUGUGUGUGUGUGUGUGUGUGUGAGAGAGAGAGAGAGAGAGAGAGAGGUUGACGGUUGCUAGGUGACCGGGUGCAUAUACUGAAUUUUAACAAAAGAGCUGGGAAAGAGAAAGAGAGAGAGAGAAGAAGGGGAGAGAGGAGAGGAUAGGGGGAGCGAAAGAGAGGGAGAGAGUAAGUGAGCUCGCGAAAAUUGAAUCCAUGUAGAAUCUCUGUGUAGGUGCAUUUGCCGGGGGAGAACACGCCAAAAAGGGAUAUAGCCCGAGGAAGAUGAUGUGAAGAGAACGGAGGGCCGAGAGGAGAGAGAGAGAGGGGGGACAGGCGCGUGAAAACCGCAGCAUUCUUUAUUUGCGCCCCCUGCUGCUCCGCUUCUCCUGCCCUCUUUUUCUGUUGCCAUGGUCACAGUACCUGCUCUCCCUCUCCUGUUGGUCCUGGUGGAAUGGGUGGGGCCGGUCAUCUCCUCCCCUCACCUCUUGCUCCGCCCCCGAGACCGUGAGCGAGACCAGGUGGCACCGAUGCACUUUAACAUUGCGGUGAUCCACGCAGGCUCCGUGGCUCAGGACGAGGCGGGAGUGACAGCGGCCGGAGGCAGGGUCCUGUAUCCAGGCUUCGGCCGAGUGCACAGCAGCUUUGGAGAGAGUGUUGUCACCAAGUGGGGCUAUGUUAAUGUCAUCUGGCUUCAGGUGAAUGACAGCAGUCCCAGGAGCUUGCUCUCCCAACUGUGUGACCUGUUGGCAUCCAGACCUGUGCAGGGGCUGGUGUAUGAGGAUGAGAGACCCCUUCCGCUGGCCUCGGGCCCACUGGCCCCCAUGCUGGAAUUCGUCUCGGCCCAGACUGGCCUUCCUAUUGUGGCUGUGGGAGGGGGAGCGGGACUGGGCAGAGUGCCACAGGAGAGCGGCUCUAUCUUCCUGCAGUUUAGCACCUCCACUGCUCUCCAAUUGGAAGUGAUCUUCGAGGUGCUUGAGGAGUACGAUUGGACAGCCUUUUCCGUGGUGUCCACGCGUCACCAUGGCUACCAGGACUUCCUGUCUAUGGUUGAGGGUUUGACAGAUGGCUCCUUUAUUGGCUGGGAGAAGAGGAGCGUGGUGAUGCUGAAUGUAUCCGAUGACCCAGGCGGAGCUCGCACACGCAGACUGCUGAAGGAGAAUGAGUCGCAGGUUCGUCUGCUGUACUGCUCCCAGGAGGAGGCUGAGCAGGUGUUUCACGCAGCAUGGGCUGCUGGGCAGGCUGGAGCAUCUCAUAUGUGGUUUGCUGUGGGUCCAGCGCUGUCUGAGUUGGGUGUGAAUGGCCUGCCCAGCCGUCUUUUUGCUGUGAGGCCUCAGGGCUGGAGAGAUGAAGCACGCAAACGGAUCGCCCGGGGCGUUUCCGUCCUUAUUCAUGGAGCCAUGGCCCUGCGCCAGGACUACGGCGCUACUAGUGGGCCUCACUUUGUCACAAACUGCCAGACAGAUGGCAACAGGACACAGAAGAUUCGCGGGAGAAUGAAAUAUUUCAGUAACAUCACCAUGGGUGGGAAGGAUUACUCUUUCAAUAAUGAGGGCUAUCUGGCCAACCCCUUUCUUGAUGUCAUCUCCUACACAGCAGGGAGUGGCUGGGAAGACGUAGGAUGGUGGGAGAACGGCGUGCUGCGUUUGCGAUACCCGGCCUGGUCUCGGUACGGCCCCUUCCUGCAGCCUCCCGAUGAUGCACAGCACCUGAGGGUUGUGACCCUGGAGGAGAGGCCCUUCGUCAUUGUGGAGCUGGCCGACCCCGCUUCUGGAACCUGCAUCAGGGAUUCAGUGCCCUGCCGACGACCUCUCAAUGCCACGGCUCACCAGGAAGGGGUGGCUCCUGUGAAACAGUGCUGCAAGGGCUUCUGCAUCGACAUCCUCAAGCGUUUGGCCAAGAUUGUGGGCUUCACUUAUGAUCUCUAUCUGGUCACCAAUGGAAAACAUGGGAAGAAGAUUGAUGGUGUGUGGAACGGCAUGGUGGGGGAGGUGGUGGAUAAGCGUGCAGACAUGGCCAUUGGCUCCCUCACCAUCAAUGAAGAGAGGUCAGAAGUCAUUGACUUCUCAGUGCCCUUUGUGGAGACAGGAAUCAGCGUCAUGGUCUCCCGUAGUAAUGGCACAGUCUCACCCUCCGCCUUCCUUGAGCCAUACAGCCCUGCAGUUUGGGUGAUGAUGUUCGUUAUGUGCCUGACUGUGGUAGCAGUGACUGUCUUUAUCUUUGAAUUCUUCAGUCCAGUUGGAUAUAACCGCAGUCUGCAGAACGGCAAGAAAGCAGGAGGUUCUAAAUUCACUAUAGGAAAGUCCAUCUGGCUGCUGUGGGCUUUGGUCUUCAAUAACUCUGUGCCUGUGGAGAACCCCAAAGGAACCACCAGUAAGAUCAUGGUGCUUGUCUGGGCUUUCUUUGCUGUGAUCUUUCUUGCCAGCUAUACAGCCAACCUGGCAGCCUUCAUGAUCCAAGAAGAAUACAUUGACACUGUGUCUGGCCUCAGUGAUAAGAAGUUUCAGCACCCCACUGAACAAUACCCACCCCUGAAGUUUGGAACGGUCCCGAAUGGCAGCACAGAGAAGAACAUUCGUAGUAAUUACCCUGACAUGCACCAGUACAUGAUCAAAUACAACCAGAAAGGAGUGGAAGAAGCCAUCAUCAACCUAAAGACAGGUAAGCUGGAUGCAUUUAUCUAUGAUGCCGCAGUGCUGAACUACAUGGCUCGUAAGGACGAGGGCUGUAAAGUGAUGACUAUAGGCUCUGGUAAAGUGUUUGCCACCACGGGCUAUGGCAUUGCCCUCAUUAAGAACUCUCGCUGGAAACGACCACUGGACCUGGCACUGCUACAGCUGGUGGGCGAUGAUGAAAUUGAGAUGCUGGAGCGUCUCUGGCUUUCAGGGAUUUGCCACAAUGAUAAGAUUGAAGUGAUGAGCUCCAAGCUGGACAUUGACAAUAUGGCUGGGGUCUUUUACAUGUUGCUGGUGGCCAUGGGCCUGAGUCUACUGGUGUUUGCCUGGGAGCACCUUGUCUAUUGGAGGCUCCGCCAUUGUAUGAGUGGAAUGGGCCAAGCAGGCAAACUAGACUUUCUACUUGCCUUCAGCAGGGGAAUGUAUAGCUGUUGCAGUUUUGAGGAUGAAACUGCCCAAGGUGGACCCAAAGUCACCAUUCCACCCCACCAUCAUCCCUCUGUGGUGUCAGCCCCUCCCUCAUCCCAUGUUGUCACUGCAGGUGUCACCAACCAAGCCAUUGCCAUGUUGCCACAGCAACAGCAGCAGCAACAACAGCACCCAUCUCAGCCUCCACAGUCCUACAAAACCCCACGUCCUGGGUCCCCUCCUGCUGUGGUACAUUCUGGGGGAUCUUUGGGGCCCUCUACCACACCACUUCUGGGUGCCCCUCUCCCAUGCUCCACGUUUUUGCCCAGACCUGACCGCAGACUGGCUGUAGUUGAACGCUGGAGACUGCCCAAAUCUGCCAGUGCCACCACACCCAUGAAUCUCAGAGGGGGCCUAUCUGACAUUGGGACAUUCCCACAAAAGAUAGUUCCUACAUGGGCAGGCAGUGGACCUGCUGGAAGCACUUUGGAUGGAUAUAAGCGAUACUAUGGCCCAAUUGACCCUGAAGGCUUGGGGCCAUGUAUGGACCAACAGGCAGGCACUCAGACUCCAAAAUCAAAGGGGAAGGGGGUGAAGUCUUUGGGCACUCCUAGGCUGCCACCCAAAAGUCAGACUCCAGCCCCACUGCCACCUAACCCCCCACUGCAGCACCCCUCUCCUCCUCUUCCCUCAUCCCUUUGGAGGAAGCGGAGGCCCAAAAAAACAAAAGAGCCAGGUGGCCCACUGUAUGAGAAUAUUCUUCCCCUAGGCCGGCGAGGAGGUGGAAGGGAUAUGGGUCGCAGGCCCAGACCAUCUCCCCCUCUUCCCAUUCCAGUACCUGUACCACUGUCCCCAACUUACACACCACCAUCGCCCUCUCUCUCUCUGCCUUACACCUCCACCUCAUCCUCCACCUCUAGCACUAGUUCCUCUACCACAUCCUCUGCCUCUUCUUCUCGAUCCACCUCUCCCUCAACCACCUCCAGCACUACCUCACACAGCACCAGGGAUAGGGAGGAAGAGGAAGAAGAAGACUUGGAUGAGCUGACAGAGGAGUCCAGUCUUCUUCAAGGACACAACCGUCACAACAACAGGGAGCGAUCCAUCCUGUCCCCCAGAUCCCUUACACAUGUUCCACCACCACCCCCUGUUCCCCCACGCAAGCCCCGUGGUUCAUUUGGAGAGCGUGAACGAGAAAGAGAGGGCAGUAGAUUGAGAGAGAGAGGUGGCAGCCAGCUCGCUCAGCUCCAGGAGUGGUGGGCAGGAUGGGGGGAAAGAGAGAGAGAGCGGAAUGGGGGAGGAUCUGGUGACACUGAACGGAAAAGGGAGAAAAGACACAGGAAAGAGAGGGAGAAAGAGAAAAAGAAAAAGAAAAAAAACAAGAAGAGGAAAAAGAGAGAGGAACGUGAAAAGGAAAGGGAGCGCAAGCGGCGGAAGGUGAAGAAGAAAAAGAAAAAGGUGAUGAAGGCAAAGAAGAAGAGGAAGGUAUCCACUGGCAAGCAUUCAGAGCCAGAUGAAGGUGAUGUAGAGGUAGAGAGAGAGGGAGAGGGUGAUGGAGAGAGAGAGGGAGAGUAUGCCUCCUUCUCCAACCAGUACCAGAGCACAUUUGGAGAAAAGGGAAGUCUCCUAGGUUGGGAAGGAGAGAGAGAGCGAGAGAGGAGAGAUGGGGGGGAGGAUGUGGGAGACGAACAAGAUGAGGAGAGUGGAGGAGGCCAGAGUAGAGAAAGACGGCCAAAGAGUAGCCAUGCACGCCACAGACCAUCCAGCAAGAGAUACCCAAAUCUCAACAAACUUCCUGCUUCUGUCAAAUUUUGGGUCAGUGGAGGGGCUACAGAAGCAUCAGUAGGCUCACCUCCCUCCUCAUUACAUACGCUUCUUCCAACAACCAAGCGAAGGAGGAGCAGUGGAGCAGAUCGAGAGGUGGCAGGAAGGGGAGGUGAGCGUCGACCAUUGCUCCUACACUAUGAGAGGGGCCGGGCACACACGAGAGAAGGCCUGUCCUUUCAUGAGUGGGACUCUGAGGAUGAAGAGGAUGAUGAUGAAGUAGAGGAACAGGAAAGGGCACAAGAGAGGGUAAGAGUGGAUGGAAGGGUGAGAAGGGCAGGGGGGAGAGGGGCUGUGUCUGAGUCUGAGAGGGAUCGAAUUAGAGCAGAUGAGAGUUAUUCAGAUGAUGACUCCUCAGGGGAGUUUGGCCAGUUUGAAAGGUACUGGGAGGGCAAUGGGGCAGAAGGGGUGAGUGGGAUUGGAGGUGGGGGUUGGUUUUUUGGCACCUACCCUGCCCGAGAGAAAGGGGGAAGCAUCAACAGCAGAGAUGAUUCAAUAUUAGGUCGAACUGAAGGGUGGAGUGGAGAUUUUUGGGGCUCAGGUUCCGGAGUUGGGUGGGGCUCUGGGGGUGGAAGUGGGGGUCUUGGCUCACAAUGGCCACCUCCUCCAGCAUCACUACCACCCCCUCGACGGUACUGGUCAGUUGAUAAGCUGCCCAUGAAGAGUGAGAAACGUGGUCACAAUAGGUCAAAGAGCAAAGCAAAGAGGGCUCGAGAGAGGGAGCAGGAUAUGGGAUCAUGCUCAUACACACAGAUUAGCCACAGCAGAGUACCAUAUCGGUCCAAACGGGGCAGUGCUACCUCCCACAGUCAGGAGGAGCUGCUACCCCACUGCCACAGUCUAAACACAGGCCCACGACCCAAACUUCCCCCCAAACCCGAUGGUGCCAAAUCUGGCAGUCAGUCCAACCUCAGCACCCAGCAAGCCCAACAUUCAGAGGCAGCAUCCUCC